AUGCCAAUCGAAGGGUCUUUCAGAAUGCCAAUCGAAAGCGUCACACAAAACUACAAUUCCUUCGGCGUCGUCAAUGACCCUAACUCCCUCACCGAUUCUCUUCGAGAUCCUCCUUCUGUCUCCGAUGACCCCAACGAUUCCGGCAGUGACCUCGAAGAAGACGAUUUGAAAUCGGCACUGGGAAAGAGAAGAAGAGAUGGUAAAAGUGCACUUCCUCAACCUUUGACUUCGAUUCAGCAUCUUUAUAUUAGUCGGCUAGUUGAGAAAUAUGGAGCUGAUUUUCAGAGAAUGAUGAUGGAUAUAAAGCUAAAUCCUAUGCAGCAUUCUGUUGCAACUUUAGAGAAAUUGUUUGAAGCCUUUUGUGAGACAAUGACUACACCAUAUGAGAAUAGUCGCCUCAAAAGAAUUGCAGAGAAUAAGAAAAAGUUAGCGGCUCUCAAUCUUCCUACACUCUCUCAAUCCCUUCACAAAUCAUCAGAGUCUUCUUCCAAACCAUCACUGUCUGUGAAGGGCCGUUCAAGGUUUGUACAACCUGGAGAGAUUGAAGUAAAUAAGAAAAAACACAGGCUCCGCAUACACUCGGAUCUAAGUCGCUUGCAAGGAAGAAACAUGAGUUGGAAAUGA